AUGCUCAAAUGUGGGGUGUGCCAGAGGCAAUUAGUGGUUCUGGGGGGCAGUCUUCACCUGGAGCAGGAGUCUGAUGAAUGCAGUACUACAGUGCAGGUGGGAGCUGGUCGAUAUGGAGGUCCUUCUGGCCACGGGCCCAGGCACUGGAGCUAUGCAGACAAGACAGAGUGGGUAUCAGAUUUCCCUGACUGCGGGGGCCACAUGCAGUCCCCCAUCAACAUUGACACAGCCACCACCCUCUUUGCCCCCCAGAUGAAAGCCCUCCAGCUUUCUGGUUACAAUCUGCCUCCCGAAGAGAAGCUCAGCCUCCGGAACAACGGGCAUACAAUUGUCCUGGACCUGCCAGCCAACCUGUCUGUGUCCGGAGGAGGAUUCCCGCAAGCCUACCGGGCUGCCCAGCUGCAUCUGCACUGGGGGUCCCCCGAGGGGCCUGGCUCUGAGCACACCGUGGACGGACGCCGCUAUGCUGGGGAGGUCCACGUUGUCCAUUACAGCUCCCUCUUUGGCAGCGUCAAGGAGGCGGCGAGAGAGCCCGGGGGCCUGGCUGUGCUGGCUGCCUUUCUUCAGGUUGGGUCAGAGGGAAAUGAGGCUUAUCAGCACAUCCUUGAAUAUUUGGGCGAGGUCCAUGAGGAAGACGAGGAAACCUCGAUAGCGGGCUUUGAUGUGGCCAAGCUGCUUCCUGACAACCUCGGUUCCUACUUCCGCUACAAUGGCUCACUGACCACCCCUCCUUGCUAUCAGACAGUGAACUGGACCAUCUUUAACCAAACGGUUCUGCUGUCCCAAGAGCAGAUCUCAGUGCUGGAGGAAAGUCUUCUUGGGGAAAAGGAGGAGCUCAUCCAGGGCAACUUCCGCCCGCCCCAAAGUCUGCAUGAUCGUCCAGUGCUGGCCAGUUUCCAGGUGACCCCAGCGCCAACAGUUGUUGAGCCACCAGAUGCUGGCAAGCAGGUGAGCUCCUCACUCCGCACAGGAUCACACUGCUGCUUUCUUUCCCCAGGGGACCUGCUGGCCAUCCUGUUUGGGACACUCUUUGGGGUCACGGCCAUCGCGUUCCUCCUCUAUGUCCGUAAGCACCAGAGCCGGAGCCAGAGGCUGGAUGCCCAAGCAGCCAAGCCCAGCGUCAUCUACGUGCCAGCCACCACCGAGGAACACGCAGGCUAG